AUGUAUUCAGGCCGUCUUCAGGAAUACGAGGUCAUCGGGCGCCACUUGCCCACCGAGGCUGACCCUACACCCGCCCUCUACCGCAUGACUAUCUUCGCCCCUAACGAGACGGUCGCUAAGUCCCGAUACUGGUACUUCUUGCGCGGUCUCAAGAAGGUCAAGAAGGCCACUGGUGAGAUCGUCAGCGUCAAGUCGGUCCACGAGAAGCACCCCCUCAAGGUCAAGAACUUCGGUAUCUGGAUCCGAUACGACUCUCGUUCCGGCACGCACAACAUGUACAAGGAGUACCGUGAGCUGUCCCGAACAGAUGCCGUCGAGUCCCUUUACUCCGACAUGGCCGCCCGCCACCGUGCUCGCUUCAGGUCCAUCCACAUCCUCCGCGUCGUCGAGAUUGAGAAGACCGAGGACAUCAAGCGACCUUACAUCCGCCAGCUCACCCAGAAGAACCUGAGCUUCCCCCUCCCCCACCGUGUCACCAAGGAGAACACCCAGAAGCUCUUCAGCGCGAAGCGACCUUCCACUUUCGCUUAA